GAUCGUCAGAGCAUCCCACUAAGCGUCUCUUUUUCUGUAGAUGCUCUUGUAUUCAAGCAAAAAAUCCGAGGAGGUUUACAUAGGCUAACCCUUUUUUUUUCGCGCAAGGAUUACUUUAUAUAUUCCCUGGCACUCCAAACGCCAACAGAUUGUGUUUGGUCUCCUUGCAAAGGGUCACUUGGGAAAAUCGACCUGUCUUGUGAUACACUUGGAAGAUUUGUAGACUGCGGACGUUUCAUGAAAUAGGACCCACGGACGGACAUCUGCGGUCCAUGCGUGUUCCCGUUCACAGAAGAUAAAAACGGACUGUUUGUUGCAAGAACUGACACAGAAAUAACAAACAAUCAACUCAAAACAUGAGCUGCGCAAUGUUGCGUCUCGCGCUCGCUUUGCUCUUGGCGUUGCUGUGGAAAGGGACCAGCGGUGCUCAGGCGGCCGAGUUCGGACACUUGCCCGACAACAUUACCGUGCUGGAAGGAGAAAGCGUCGUUUUGAGAUGCAAGAUAGACGAGGAGGUCACUCACAAGGCAUGGUUGAACCGCUCCAACAUCUUAUUUACGGGCACAGAUAAGUGGUCCCUGGACUCGCGUGUGUCUCUGGUGAACAACAACAACAGCGACUUCUCCAUUAAGAUUGAGCGAGUGAUGGUGGCAGACGAGGGACCCUACACAUGCAGCUUCCAGGCCAGAAACCAGCCCCGUACGGCCCACGUCUACCUCAUCGUUCAGGUGCCAGCCCGGAUAGUGAACAUCUCCCAGGAUAAAUCUGUGAAUGAAGGCGAUGACGUGAAUCUGUUUUGUCUGGCGGUGGGCAGACCAGAGCCGACCAUCACCUGGAAGAACUUCAAGUACGGUCUCAUGAAUGAAGGCGAAUUUCUGGAAAUCACAGGAAUCAAGCGGCAUCAGGCGGAGGAAUUUGAAUGCAUCACAAACAACGGCGUAGCGCCACCAGACACGCGCCGCGUCAAGGUCAUAGUCAACUAUCCACCAGUGAUCACAGAUGUAAAGAACAUGCCCGCCCAGCUGGGAAGAACUGCAAUCUUACGCUGUGAAGCUAUGGCGGUGCCCACAGCAUCCUUUGAAUGGUACCGGGAUGACCGAAGGCCGGUAGAGAGUGAUAACACACUGAAGAUUAAAAACGAAAAAACACGUUCCCUGCUGCUCUUCACCAACGUCACAGAAAAACACUUUGGCAACUACACCUGUUUCGCCUCCAAUCGCCUCGGGGCUUCCAAUGCCAGCAUGUUACUCUUCAGGCCCGGGGCCGUGUAUGGAGGAGCGGCGUCUCUGAACGGCCGUUUAUCAGGAGUUGGUCUGUGGUUCUGCCUCUCCAUCUCUGUUCUGAUGAAGGUCUAAAACUUUCCCACUUUGAAAGGAGUCUUUAAAUACGAACCUAUCACUGUGAACAAAAUUAAAUUAUGCAUUAAUCCAGGAGCCAUUGCUACAUCACUUCCUAGUCAUUCCUUCCUAUUCCCAUUCACGCCCGGUCGCAUAUCACCGCUUCACUUCUCCCUCCCGUCGCCAACGAUGCUCACCUUUUUUCGUCCAAACCUAAUAUGUGAUGCAUAUGAUGUGAACGACGAGUGUAAUGCCAGUUGGUUGUCUCUUGAGGUGCGUGCUGGACAUGCUGGUUGUAAAGUGACGUGUCGAUGAUGACGCAUGCGCUGUUCGGGUGACCCUCUUGAAGCUGUUUGUGGCAGUUCAUCAGCAGGCCCAUCGCCUGUUGAUCCUCGGAUCCUGACACAGAGUUCUGAGCUGAACAGUGGUGCAUUCUGACAUGCAUAGCUACUAUGAAUGAUGUCAAACCUGCACAUGUUUUCUUUCUAGCAAGGACGGCCAUGUCAUUUCGGCCCCUUGAUUGCAUUUGAUUGGGCUCUCGAUCUCAAAGCAAACUCCUGACCCACGUCCAGCCCUCAUAUUGACCUUAGUCUGUCCAUCACUCAGAUCGUCAGUCCUUCACAAGUGUAAAUAUAUAUGCAGUAGAGGCCCCUCAUUCCAGCUUAAAAAAAUACAUUUCCCAUAAGCCUCUCUGUUUCAGUCUUUCGGCUCGGAGGAUAUUGCUGCCUUUAAGUCAUGAGGGAAUGGUCAUAUUUACGGGAUUUACAACUGAAAUGUCAUUAUUAGCCAAGAAUCAUUGGUUUUUAUUAUAAGACGUUUAGUUUGUACACAUUUAGUGUUGUUCUCUUGUGUUUGAUGGGAUGUUAAAGAGAAAUGCUUUAAAGUAAUUUCCAAACUCAUUGCAAAAUAAAAAAAUUGGAAAUUAGUGUUGGAAAUGUAAUAUAUUUGGACACUUUUUGGUUGUCAAAUGUUAGCUAAUAAAAUAAAGCUGUAGAUGUCAUUCAUCUGCUAAAAUGCAUUUAAACAUGCAAACAUUUAGAAAACUUUUGGAAAUUAUUUGAAUGCAUCAUGGAAACUCAUAACAGUGCAGCUUUUUAGAAUAAUUUGACUACAUCAUUGCAACUCAAGAGUGCAACUUUUCAGAGUUAUCUAAAUACAUAAUUGCAACUCAUAAGCGUGCAGCUUUUCAGAAUUAUUUAAAUGUGUCAUUACACCUCAUAAGAGUCCAGGUUUUCAGAUUUCUUUAAACGCAUCAUUGCAACUCAAGAGUGCAACUUUUCAGAAUUAUUAAAAUGCAUCAUUGCAACUCAUAAUAGUGCAACUUUUAAGAAUUGUUUGAAGGCAACAUUGCAACUCGUAAGUAGGAACUUUCCACAAAGACUUGAAGGCAGCAGAAGUUUCUGGCAUCUCCUGGCCCGAAAUAGUUCAUUGACUUCUUGUUGCUUGUGGAUAGCAUGUACCGGUUAUAAAUGUCCCUCUUGUGACCUCACUUUCCUGCACCAACCCCGUUUUAACCCCCUGCACUGUGUACAUUUUAAUCUGCAAGGUUAUCUGCUAUUACUUUUUUGGUGUUAAUAAUGAUUAUAAUGAUGAUGAUUAUGAUGAUGACAAUGUUAACAUGUAUUUGAAUAAAUAUGAUAGUAAUUCCAUGUGAGAAAAAAAAUGUCACAGCUGAUCACAAGCCAUGUGUGUGAAAAUAUUUUGUACUAAAGAUCACUGAAUUCAUCAAACGGCAAAAAAAAAAAAAAAAAAAAAAAAAGUUUUGAAGUAUCGUACUCUGUUUUACCACUUUUUAAAAGUGAAAGUAAUUUGACCAAGUCGACUCAUCCGUAAAAGAGAGCAAUCAGUAAAAUGUGAGGACGCUUACAUGCUAGAAGGAUCCAUUUUGAGUAUGUGAAAAUUGGACUAAUAUACAAGUGCAGCAUUGCUUUUCCAAACCAUUGCAUUCGUCCUUUGUCAUGCACCAUCUGCAUUGCCCUCAGUGCAUUUACAUUGUAAACUAGCGUGUAGGCGUCCUAAUAUAAUUUCAAAUGUGUACUGUAUUUUUUUUCCAUGCUGUUGAUGACUGUAAUGUGUGAUAUAUUCUGCAGUAAUGAUGUAAUGCUCAUGUCUGCCUCGAUAACAUAACCAAAAUCCUCAGCAUUUUGCGGUUACGUACAUGUCGACAUGUUGGUGCAAUGCUGAGUUCCAUUCAGAGAUGAUUAACGGAUGUUUUCCUAUGUGAUAUCACCAACUUCCUGCAAAAAUGCAUGCAUUACAUAAGAAACAAAAUGGCAAUUUACAGUUGUUGUUUUUGUUUUUUGUCAACAGUCUUCUCGCAACCAAAUUGCUAUGCUAUGCAAUGCUAGCAUUUGUUCUGUAAGUGUGCAGCUAACAAACAGGACCAUUCAGCAUGUUUUAUGCAUAUUUGCUAAACAUUUUGUACAGACCCCAGCACAUGACGUGCAGAAAAAAUACAUAUAUCGUGGCCAUGAAUUAAGAAUGAUUUUUUUUUUUAGGUAAAUCGUGGCCAAACUAAACUAAUUAGUUCCUUCGUUUUAACAAAUCGUAGUCACACCAUACUAAUUUGUUCUUUCAUUUUAGGUGUUUUAGUAAAAUGUGAUCGCGCUGUACUAAUUAGUUCUCUCAUUUUACUAAAUCAUGGUCAUGACUCAUGCCAAACUAAUUAAUUCUCUCGUUUUAGCAAAACGUGGCCAACUCGUACUAAUUUGUUCCCAAGUUUUACUAAAUCAUGGCCGCGUUAACUUCGUUCUCUCGUUUUAGGCAUCAAAGUUAAUUGUGGUCACACCAAACUAAUUAAUUCUCUUGUUUUUGUAAAUCACAGUCAUAUUGUACUAAUUCCUUCUCUCAUUUUAUCCAUAAAUCCUCUUCGCACUGUACUAAUUUGUUCCCUUGUUUUAGUAAAUCAUGGCCACUUCUUACUAACUCGUUCCCAAGUUUUAGUAAAUCACAUCCACGUUUUUCUAAUUCGUUCUCUUGUAAAUCGUGGCUACAUUGUAUAUUUCAUUCCCACAUUUUAUUUGUUUUAGUAAAUCGUGAUCACACUACUAAUUUGUUCUCUCAUUUUAGUAAAUCGUGGCCAUGCCGUACUAAUUAAUUCCAUUGUUUAAUUGACCUUGAAUUAAGUUGUGGGAACAAAUUCUUAAUUCAUGGCCACGAUUUAACUAAAACGAGGGAACAUAUUUUUUAUUUUAUGUCCACAAUGAACAUAUUUUUGCCUCUAUUUGUUUGGGGCUAAGUAAUUAUCCUCUACAUCUCCAUGUGAAUUCCUGCACAAAUUUCCAAAAUGCACGUCUGAAUUGAUGGUUCAUUAAAUUGCAAUUUUCCAAGUAGGAAGUUGGAAAUCCAACAGUCCGAGCUGAAUGGAACGCAGUACGCCACUAGAUUCUGCGCGCUGCCUCUUUUUUUCCAUUCAGAAUCAGAUUAGCAGGAGAUAAAGAUGUAAUUAGCCAGCAACUGCGACUGGCUAAGCAAGCGGAGUGUCAUAUUCUCUCUGUCCACCAUCUGGUGAGCGGCAGAGCUCAUAAAUCAAGCUCAGUCCGGGCGCUGACAGAAUCCUCCUCAAGGACAGCUGUGCCUUUGAGUCUCGAGCUCGACGUGGAGUCUGAUCCACUACAGGCUAAUUAAACGCCACUUAAGAGCACACGGCGAAGAGGCUUUGACGUGAAGCAGCGGUGCGCCGUUCACAAUGACCCUGCAUGAGCGCUGACUGUUCAGUUUGCAAUGUUAAUGCUGUAUAUACGAUAAUACGAUAAUGUUAUCCCUGAAUAUGUGCUCCAUUAUUGCAUUUAAGCCAGCAAUAGCCCCGGAAUAAAACCAAAACCUAUUUAAAAUCUAAUUUAAAGUCUGACGGCUACUAUGCCAUUAUUAAUGAAUACUGAAGACUGAGUGCAUUUCGUUCUCUGUGCACUGAUAACAGAUUUUGCUUACUGCUUGGUAUAACUACACCGUGGACACAAAAAGUAUUUGGAUGCUUAUAUGACACUUAAAAAUAUGCAAUGUCUUUGCAUCAGAAAAUAUUAAACGUAGUGCCAUUUGUUUUUAAGAAAUUACAAAUACUUAAAAAAUGCAAACACU